GUCCGGGCGGUGUAGAGGGGCGCAUGUGCGCUCCUACUGAUUUCUUAUCUCCUGGUACUUUUAAGCCUGUUUACCGAUUUACUAUAGUGAUCGCGAGUGAUUUUUCGGAAGGAUUUUGCUGUUAUUGUAAAAGUAGUUCCGAUCGCACCAAAGUUUAAAUACAUCAUGUGAACGAAACAAUAUACUAAUCUAACUAACCAUGGAUUGGAAGAGCUAAGUGAAGAUGAAAGUGCUACUGAAAGUGUCGCGGACAAUAAAGACCCAAGUAUGGUGGACAGUGACAGUGGCAAUAAUGGUGAUGAUGGUGGUGGAGGUGACCAGUUUAAGCGGACCCAAUGUCUGCAUGGUGAAACAGAAGUACAAUAUAACGAAGCGAGUCAAGUAUCGAGCUCCGAUGUCUGUCAGGACAUACGAGUGGUGCUUCGCGGUGCCUCCGAGAUGCUCCCGCUGGAACACCGAGAUGAGGGACGUCACCAGAUUGGAGACAGAAGAAAGGACAGCAGAAAUGGCAGUGUGUUGUCCAGGAUACAAACUGAAAGAUGUCUCCUGUGUCCCCAUUUGUCCGAAUGGAAAGUCUGGACAAGGCUGUUCUGAGGAUUGUCCUCCAAACAAAUGGGGACCAAACUGCGUGCACGAGUGUAAGGCAUGUGACCAUGGAUCCUGCGAUCCUAGAACUGGAGAAUGCCGCUGCCAGGACGGUUGGCAAGGUGAGAGUUGCGAAACCAGCAUGGCUACCACGGCGGUUAUUGCAAUGAUGGAGCAAUUACUAACAACUGCCAAAUCUACUACUUCCACUAAACCUACUACUCAGGCUACACCUACUAUUACUGCUAGAAGUUCCACAAUUGCUACUACAAUAACCAGUACUGUUCCGUCAACAACUGCAAGUGUUUUGUCUACUACAGAAAAAAAUAUUACAACAAGUGCUCCAGCUACAACGAAGAAGUUAGAAGUUAUAACAAAUAUAGAAUAUACACUUACUCAGAAAUCAACUAUGAUCUCCAACAGCUCAAUAUUAUCUACGUUGCCAACAUCGAUCAACACUUAUAACUUUAUACCCGAAGAAGCAACUAAGAUCAAAAACGAAACUUACAACAGAACAGAAUGGCCGAUAAAAACAACAAAACUUACUCCUACAAUAAGACCUCAUUUAGCAACUCAAUCUUCUACUGUCAUAAAUACUACAGAACUAUCAACUAUACCAACAACAAUUAAGCCAAGUACGGCAGUAUUUACGACUCCAAUCCCAAGAAUUACGACUGUCCCGACAACCGUGAAAGAAAGGACAAGGAUAACUGUAAAAGUGGAAACUUCAAAAAAACCAGAACCGACAAUCAAACAACCAACGACGACGAAAUUUAAGCCAAAAGAAAUAUGGAUAAAACCGGCCCAAAAAGGUGAAUCUCAAUUUGUUGAGUCAAAAGUUAAAACCAAUCAAGAAUUACCACAAGCAAAAUCUAAAGUCAAGGAAGUUAGUGAAGUUACCACACCUAAAACUAUUAUAGUGUCAAUUAUACCUACAUCAGUAUCUUACAUAACUUUCAAGAAGAUAGCACUCACUACUGCUUUAGCAAAACCGCAAAAAAGUAGUUAUACUACAUCGUCACAUAUAAAGGGAACAGACAAGGAAUAUACUAAAGCUAUGUUGGUGCAAACGACUUCAGCACCUGUAACUAUUACAAUUUCACCAAAGAUAUCAAAAACAUCAUCAACAAUCAAUCCUUUGCUAGUUCAAAAUGUGACUAAACCUAAAUCUCACAUAUCAUACUCAAAAGGAACUCUCAGAACAACUCUACCUACAAACCAAUCAACUAAUAGCAUGAUAAGCACGUUGAAUGCUGCUAAUAAAGUACUGAAUUCUUCUUUAUUAACAACAGUUUCUUCAUUUCCAACUAACGCAAGUAGAACUACACGAAGACAGACUUUAUCUGAAACAUCAAUAAAUAAGCACAAUCUGAAUGUACCUAAUAAAAAUCAAACAUCAUUUACAACGAGAAAAACUACAGAAAAACCUGUCACUAAACAAUUUAUUACAGUACCAAAUAAUGUAACGAAGGCAGGAGCAAGAGUAACUGAACCACCAAUAAUAACAACGCCUGUCGGAAAAGUGAACACUAACAGUAAAAGAAACCUAACAAAUUCUAGUACUAAAACUGUAACUGACGAUCCUUCAAAAGAUGAAGACACUUUUCAUAUUUUGACAGAACCGGAGCAUAUAACAGCUGUGAUGGGUGAUAAAGGAACGGACAGGUCAACAAUUGACCUGAUAUCAGUAAUAAGUAUAGCCGGAGGUGUUAUGAUGGCUGUUAUCACUGUAGCUGUGGUUAUAGUGAUGCUGGAAAGAUGCAAAAGGCCAAGAUAUGAGGAUGUAAGAAAGUACAAUGAUAUAAGAAUGCAAGUAAUGAUGGACAACAACGAUAUCCCGCCGCCAUACGUCAGAAGUAUCUUCCAUACUCCAUUACCAGAUCCGCCAACAACAGACAAAUGCCAUUACCAACCAAUUUCUACAUUAGAUCGUAAUUUGAAACAAUUUAUGAGGCCAGUUGUUGUGCAAACAAUUUCUCCACUUAUGUUAGAGAACUUCAGAGGAAUUCUGGAAUGUCAUUAUGACCAUUUGCCUCGAAGAAGUCAAGAUAUGGGGUCAAUGCCAACACGUUGUUCAAUAGCGCCAUCUCACGACGAACGUGCGGAACUACUUCCUACGCGAGCUCACUCGCUGACGGACUCUGACAUUGAAGCCAUGAAGUGCGAAGCUAAACUUGAUGUUAUUGACAAUACUACAUCAGAGCCUCUUUACGCCGAAAUACCUUGCUGGAGACCACCAUCAGCACGAGCCAUUGAAGUCGUUAAUCUUAACGGAGAAGCAGUAACAGAAUUAUGACCUGUAAAGUUUGCUGACAUUUGAAUUAAUUCAGAGUACUGUCAACAGAUGGCGCAGUAUUGAACUUUUAAUCUCUUGCAUUUAGUCUUACCAAAGAAUUUGUGUGUGAAUGUAAUUUAACGUUUUAAAAUUAAUGGUGAAAUAAAUGGUAAAUAUUGUUUGU